AUGCCCCCGAAAAUACCCACCCAAGCCGACCUCGCCAUCUCCCUCCCCCUGGCCGCGCACUUCCCCAACCCGCCCGAGUCCACCACCGCCUUCCUCAUCCUCUUCCACGGCCUGGGCGACUCGGAAACCCCCUUCGCCGCCUUCGCCCGCAACCUCGCCCUCCCCGGCGUUCUGGCCAUCGCCGUCCGCGGCACAAGCCCUCUCGCGUCUCUUGUCGGCGGCGACGACGACCCCCGCCGCUACUACCACUGGGGCGACGACCUGGCGCUCGACCCGCAGACGGGGGAGCUGGACCCCGACCCCGGGUUCGAGACGGCCUCGCGUCUCGUCAUGGAGAAGCUGAUACGGGGCGUCAUCGUCGACAAGUGCGGGUGGGAGACGAGCGACGUCAUGCUGUUCGGCUUCGGGCAGGGGGGCUCCUUGGCGUUGGGCAUGGCGGCCAGGCUGGCGGCCGACGGGGCCAAUGCCAGGUUCAAGGGGGUGGUUUCCGUGGGGGGCGCGCUGCCCAUGAGCAUGGUGUCGAGCCGCAGCGGGAGGGGCAAGGGCGCUACGCACGCCUUGCUGUGCCAGGUUGGCGAGGAGGGCGAGGAGAGCGCAAGGAGGGAAUUCCAGGACGUGGCGGUUGUCAGGUGGGCGAGGAGAGAGGUUGGCAUGCCGACGAGCAGGGAGGAGGCGUUUCCCAUCAUCAAGUUCUUUGCGGAUAGGCUCAAGGAUGGCUGGGUGUAG